AUGGCGCGCCGUGAGUCUCUCUCAGAGAUUCGCGCUGCCAACCCCGAGCUCUCCUUGACUGGGAACAUCAUCUCUGCGACGUUCAACAUCCCCCAUGCUGUGACAUACCACAAGGGCGGCGCCUGGGAUCUGAAGCCCCGCCGUGGUCAGUCGGCUCUCAUCGACUCCUUCGCCUAUCUCUCGUCCGAUGCGACGCCAUGGAAUCAUACAGUCGUCGCCUGGACAGGCGAGAUUGGAAACCCUGACGACGACCCGCUCUCCCCCCCAGAUACGCCUUCAGCUGCGGCUACCGCCAUCGCAGCCGUGAGUUCGCUGUCGGCUCCCGUCCCGAUUGACGCCACCACACGACUGCCUACACCUCCCCCAGUCGAUGGACUCUGGGUACCUAAGGGAGACCAGACGCGACUGGAGCAGCAGCUGGCCCAUAGCAAAACCAUUCGCACGGUGCCUGUUUGGCUUGCCGACGAGAGCGAGGCCACUGACGAUGGCAUCAUGCUCAAAGACCAGGCCCGUUGGAGGCGCUAUGCUGAGCAUGACCUCUACACUCUCUUCCAUUACAAGCAGCACGAGCCUACAGAUGGCCGCAAGGAGCGCGCCCAGUGGGCCGACUACUUCCGCAUGAACCAAAAGUUUGCCAACAAGAUCAUUGAGAUCUACAAGCCCGGUGAUGUGGUCAUCGUUCACGACUACUAUCUCAUGCUAUUGCCUAGCAUGCUACGCCAGCGUGCCCCAAAGAUGUACAUCUCCUUCUUUCUGCACUCGCCGUUUCCCAGCAGCGAAUUCCUUCGAUGCUUGCCUCGUCGUAAAGAGGUGCUCGAGGGCAUCCUUGGCGCAAAUCUCGUGGGAUUCCAGUCGUACAGCUAUUCGCGCCACUUCCUCAGCUGCUGCACGCGCAUCCUCGGUUUCCCAUCUGACACCCUUGGCAUCGAUGCGUACGGCUCCAGAGUCCAGGUCGGAGUCUUCCCCAUCGGUAUUGAUGCCGACAAGGUAGAAAACACCGCGUGGGCGGAUACGGUCAAUGAGAAGCACGCCGCGGUGCUCAAGAUGUACGAGGGCAAGAAAAUCAUCGUCGGCCGAGAUCGCUUGGACAGUGUCAGAGGCGUGGCUCAAAAGCUUCAGGCGUUUGAGCGCUUCUUGGAAAUGUAUCCUCACUGGAGAGAAAAGGUGGUGUUGAUCCAGGUCACAUCGCCCACCAGCGUCGAGGCUGAAAAGGACGACCCGGAGAACAAGAAUGCCAGUCGAGUCAACGAGCUCAUCAUCAAGAUCAAUGGUGAAUAUGGCAGCCUUGGCUUCUCGCCAGUGCAGCAUUACCCCCAGUACCUCAACCAGGCCGAGUAUUUCGCCCUGCUUCGUGCAGCAGACAUUGGCCUCAUCACGUCGGUGCGCGAUGGCAUGAAUACGACCAGUCUCGAGUACAUUGUUUGCCAAAAAGACAACAACGGCCCUCUCAUUCUGUCGGAGUUUAGUGGAACAGCGGGUAGUCUCCGCGAUGCAAUCCACAUCAACCCCUGGGAUAUCACGGGCGUGGCGGAGAAGAUCAACGCGGCACUGACCAUGUCUGCCGAGGAGCGCACCAAGAUGCAGACCAGCCUCUACAACCACGUCACGACGCAGACCGUGCAGUCGUGGAUCACCAAAUUCGUCCGCAAGGUGCACUCUGUGCUGGCCGAAACCAACUCGAGCAAAGCAACGCCCUUGCUUGAUCGUGCCCUCUUGCUGUCUCGCUACCGCUCUGCGACGAAGCGCUUGUUCAUGUUUGAUUACGACGGCACCCUGACGCCCAUUGUGCGCGAACCGAGCGCGGCGGUGCCCUCGGAGCGCAUCAUCCGGUACUUGAAAUCCCUUGCCGCUGAUACUAAGAAUUCGGUUUGGAUCAUCUCGGGCCGAGACCAAGAGUUCCUCCAGCAACAUCUUGGCCACAUCCCCCAGAUUGGGUUCUCCGCUGAGCACGGUAGCUUCAUGAAAGACCCCGGCAGUGAGGAGUGGAUCAACCUGGCGGAGAAAUUCGACAUGGGCUGGCAAGCAGAAGUCAUGGAGGUGUUCCAGAGAUACACGGACAAGGUUCCAGGUUCUUUCAUAGAGCGAAAACGUUGUGCCCUGACCUGGCAUUACCGACUUGCCGAGCCCGAGCAGGGCUUGCACAUGUCACGCGAGUGCCACAAAGAGCUGGAAGCUGGAGUGGGCCAGAAGUGGGAGGUCGAAGUGAUGCCGGGCAAGGCCAACAUUGAAGUGCGCCCUACCUUUAUCAGCAAGGGCGAAAUUGCCAAGCGACUGGUGGCCACCUAUCACAACCCGGGAGCUGCGCCGACGGAGAAGGAUCCUAACCCCGGAAAGAUUGAGUUUGCUCUCUGCUCCGGAGACGACUUUACGGAUGAGGACAUGUUCCGCAGUCUCAACGGGGCAUCGGGUACGAUCCUGGAUGAUCAGCACGUCUUUACGGUUACUGUGGGGGCAAGCACCAAGGUGACGCUCGCCAAAUGGCAUCUGCUGGAGCCCGAAGAUGUGAUUGAGUGCGUGGGACUGCUGGCCGGUGCCGGUGACCCAGCCAGUCUCGAGCGUGUGGGAGAGGUGAAUCUGGCAGCUCUCAGCACAGUAGAGGGACACAUCCCGGCCGAGGAGCUGUGA